AUGAAACGAAAGACUUGUAUUCCUAACACGUGUUGCAAGGUCACUUUUGCUCUGCGAUUAAGUAUAAAACGAUUCGAUACGCAUCAACGACCAUCAUUCAUACAACAACAGUUGUGCCUUUGCUUACUACCAACAACAAAAACAACACAAAACUUCAACAUGUUCAAACUGUUCGCAUUCGCCUGUUUCCUGGCCCUCGCCGCCGCCAAGCCCGGAGUGUUCCCAGUGGCGUACACCGCCCCAGUGGCCGCGGCGUACACAGCGCCCGUAGCAGCGGCCUACACCGCGCCCGUAGCGUACACCGCCUACUCCGCUUACUCCGCUCCUGUCGCCGCUUACUCCGCUUACCCAUACGCUUCUCCCUACUCCUACUACCUUCGCCGUUGA